UUUUUCAAAUAGCGAAGCUCGAGUCAGAUCACCGUCGGUAUUCUCCGGUGGUUCCGAUGGCGACGGAAUCGUCGGAAGGAGAAGAAGAAGGGAAGAUCACCGGAGGGAACCCCGUGCUCGCCGUCGACGACGACCUCCGCGAGAUGGGCAAGAAGGCCGUCUGGAGCGUCAGCUCCUGCAAGCCCGGCAAUGGCGUCUCCUCCCUGCGCGACGACAACCUCGACACUUACUGGCAAUCCGACGGCGCGCAGCCUCAUUUGGUGAACGUUCAGUUCCAGAAGAAAGUGAAGCUCCAGAUGGUGGCUCUGUACGUGGAUUUCAAGCUUGAUGAGAGUUAUACGCCCAGUAAGAUCUCGAUUCGCGCCGGGGACGGGUUCCACAAUCUGAAGGAGAUAAAGACGGCGGAGCUCGUGAAGCCGGCUGGUUGGAUUCCUAUAUCUCUAUCUGGAAAUGAUCCUCGGGAAACUUUCGUCAACACUUUUAUGUUGCAAAUAGCCGUGCUGUCGAAUCACCUAAAUGGACGAGACACACAUGUGCGGCAGAUCAAAGUUUAUGGUCCUCGACCGAACCCAUUUCCGCAUCAGCCUUUCCAAUUUACGUCAACAGAGUUUAUUACUUACUCCUGUGUGAGAUGAGAAACGAGAAUCUUCAGAAUAAAAGAUGAGAAAUGUUAUAUCUUGUGCUUCAAGGACCCUUGAAGAGUUUCUUUUGGGAAUGCAGUGAGCUACAUGGCUUUCCUCUCUACCUCGAGACCAUCCUGAUAUCUUCCUAUAUACCCAGGCGAGACUUCAAUUGUGCAAGCGAUUCAGUGCCGGGGCAGUGUCCAUCCACCAGCUUACAGAUUAAUCAGAGAGUGGGCAGAAAAGAGAGACACGAACGAUAUUUUCAUUUUCUUCUCAUCAUUGCUUUAGCAGACUGUUGAAAUUGUAACCACAUGUUGAUGCUCUGGCAACCUUCAUCUAUUGAUGCUUGUUGUUGAUUUAGCCUCCAA